CAUUAAAGAAGUGAAUAUGUGUAAUGAUGUAAAUAUGGAUGUUUUUAUUUUACAGGGAAAAUGGCAGAGUCCAGAGAUCAUAAUCAGUUUAAACUCAUCGCCACUGAUGUAGAGGAGGGUGAUGUUGGUGAUGAUGUCAUCCUCCCCUGUCACCUCUCUCCUGAGACCAGUGCUGUUACCAUGACAAUCAGGUGGUUUAAGGAGACAGAGUGUAUUUACCUGUAUAAGAAUGGUCAGGUGGCAGAGAGGAGAGGCUAUGAGGGCAGUCUGAGUCUGAUCACCCAGGAGAUGGAGAGAGGAAAUGUGUCUCUGAGGAUGAAGAACUUCAAGCAGUCAGAUGAAGGAUACUACAUCUGUCAGGUCAUCCAUGGAGAACAGAAGGAGGAGGCUGUAGUGGGUUUAGGGGUCAGUGAAGGGCCUCCAGACUAUUUACAACAUGAGACCCAGGAGGACAAGCUGAAGAGGGAGACAUCAGCAAGUGAACUUGGUAAGUAUGAGAGAAUCUGGAGGAGAUGA